GUGGAUUUUGCACACGCUGCGUGACGUUGGCAGCCACUUGAGGACGCAAGAGGUGGUGGACCAGCCAGGACUCACAGCACUGAGGUGUCAAGAAGGUUACGAACAAAUUAUAAUUACCACUUUUUGUCACAAGUACCGACUAUUUCGUCGGCGGGCAACCCCUGUUUGUUGGCGAGGAAUUCCGCCGCCGGCCGGUGAAGGACUGUACCGGCCGCGCGGCGUCGACUCCACGGGAGAAAAGUAGCUUGAUGAGUGUCCAAAGUAGUGGAAGUUUGGAGGGGCCGCCAUCUUUGGUCCCAGCUCUCCACGUCCUCAACACGGACUGUGUUUUCACCAACAUACCACGGCUGUGUUGAAGGCCCACAAGGUGCCAUGGAGGAGCUGCACAGUCUGGACCCCCGCAGACAGGAGCUGCUGGAGGCUCGCUUUAUGGGCGGUGUCAGUGGCAGCACCGGGGGCAGCACUGGUAGCACAAGUGGAGGAACCAAAGGUUUGACCAAUAAUGAAUGUUCAAACCACAGUUUUGGAAGCCUGGGAUCCUCCAGCGACAAGGAAUCAGAGGGUUCAGAUGUGAAAAGAGGAGGCUCCCCUGCUUAUUCUACACCAGAGAAGAAACAGUCUGAAACACCCAGAGGCAGGAAAAGAAAACCUGACAUCCAGUCAGAAAGUAGCCAAGGAAAGACGACUGUGCGAGGACCCAAAAUAAGUGAUUAUUUUGACUUCCAGGGAGGAAAUGGGUCCAGUCCGGUGAGAGGCCUCCCACCAGUUAUUCGUUCCCCUCAGAAUUCCCACUCACACUCCGCUCAGGGCGCUGCUUUGCAGGGUAGACAAAACAGCUCAUCUCCCACCAGUCUGUCCUUUGGCGAGCACAUGGCACAUCCAAAACAACUAGCAGUCAAACUGGUUCAGACGGACCUCACAGUGUUGAAGUUGGCUGCCCUUGAAAGCACCAAGAAUCUCGACCUUGAGAAGAAGGAGGGGAGAAUCGAUGAUUUGCUACGGGCCAACUGUGAUCUCAGGAGACAGAUAGACGAACAACAAAAAUUACUUGAAAAAUACAAGGAACGCUUGAAUAAAUGCAUCACCAUGAGCAAGAAGCUUCUCAUAGAAAAGAGCACCCAGGAGAAGCAGGCCUGUCGGGAGAAAAGCAUGCAGGAUCGUCUCCGCCUGGGUCAUUUCACCACAGUGAGGCACGGAGCAUCCUUCACUGAACAGUGGACAGAUGGCUACGCCUUCCAGAACCUUGUCAAACAGCAGGAGUGGAUCAAUCAACAAAGGGAGGACAUCGAGAGGCAGCGAAAACUACUCGCCAAGAGGAAACCUCCAUCCUCCAGUAGCUCGCAGGCACCGUCAACAAACUCUGAGCCAAAGCAACGUAAAACCAAGGCGGUGAACGGAGCAGAAAACGACCCUUUCCUGAAACCCAGCCUACCUCAGCUGCUGACGCUAGCUGAGUACCACGAACAGGAGGAGAUCUUCAAAUUGCGACUUGGACACCUAAAAAAGGAGGAAGCUGAGAUCCAGGCGGAGCUGGAGCGUCUGGAGAGGGUGCGCAACCUUCACAUUCGGGAACUGAAGAGAAUAAAUAAUGAAGACAGCUCACAAUUCAAAGAUCAUCCUACAUUGAACGAACGAUAUCUGCUCUUGCACCUUCUAGGGAGAGGGGGAUUUAGUGAAGUUUACAAGGCUUUUGACUUGAUCGAGCAACGAUAUGCAGCUGUAAAAAUCCACCAACUAAACAAAAACUGGAGGGAAGAGAAAAAGGAGAACUACCACAAGCAUGCAUGUCGAGAGUACAGAAUACACAAGGAGCUGGACCAUCCCAGAAUCGUGAAACUUUAUGACUACUUCUCACUGGACACAGACACGUUUUGCACUGUCAUGGAAUACUGCGAAGGCAACGACUUGGAUUUCUACUUGAAGCAGCACAAGCUCAUGUCGGAGAAGGAGGCUCGGUCCAUCGUCAUGCAGAUUGUCAAUGCACUAAGAUAUCUGAACGAGAUCAAGCCCCCCAUCAUCCAUUAUGACCUGAAGCCAGGUAACAUCCUGCUGGUGGACGGCACCGCCUGUGGCGAAAUCAAAAUCACCGACUUUGGCUUAUCCAAAAUCAUGGACGAUGACAACUACGGCGUGGAUGGGAUGGACCUGACAUCACAGGGCGCAGGAACGUAUUGGUACUUGCCACCUGAAUGUUUCGUGGUCGGGAAAGAGCCUCCAAAGAUCUCCAACAAGGUGGAUGUGUGGUCUGUGGGUGUCAUCUUUUUCCAGUGUUUGUAUGGAAGGAAGCCAUUUGGCCACAAUCAGUCUCAGCAGGACAUCCUGCAGGAGAACACCAUCCUGAAAGCUACCGACGUCCAGUUCCCCGUCAAGCCUGUUUCCAGCAAUGAAGCUAAGGCCUUUAUAAGGCGCUGCCUGGCGUACAGGAAGGAGGAUCGCAGUGACGUCCACCAGAUGGGAAGUGACCCCUAUCUACUCCCUCACAUACGAAGAUCGAGCUCCUCGGGGAACCUCCAGAUGAACGCAGCUGCCUCAGGACCCGCCUCCUCCAGCAUCAUCUCUUACUGAUACUGAUACUGUGACACACCCAUGGAGAACUUCUCUGAGGGCCAGCAAGCAGCAGGAGGGAGCGAGGUGACUUGUGGAUGGACAGUGACGAGAUGUUUUUUUUUUUUUCUAAAAUACAGGACAUGGGCUAGUCAGCCGCCGUGAGGAGCGGAUAAAAGCACUGAAAGUGACUCCGUAGCUUGAAGAAAACGUGAGUGAGACACUGUUGAAAGCUUGCAGAUGGAUGAGGGAGGCACCCUGCUGUUCAUGUUUUGGUUUCACAGCCCUGCCAGGGUGAAAUGCUUGAGCUGCUAGAUGUGAAUCAAGAUCUCACUGUUGAUUUCAUGUUUUCUUCUUGUUAGGCUUGAAGUUUUGAGUUUGUUAGCCAUGAGAAUGUAACGUGUAGCAUACGAGGAGCAAAGUAACCAAACGUAGAACUGUGGCAUCCCAUCCUAUGCAGGAAUAUUAACACAUUUGGAAAGUAUAUACUGUACAUGUUUGUCUUUGGAAUUUUCAAAUGCAGCAGUGACGUGUACAAAGCGUGAAAAUGUCCACAAGCCUUUUUCAGUGGAUUCAUUUUGCUGCUUUUCUCGCUCUUAUUUUUUCAAGGGCUGUAUAUUUCACUUCGGGUACAAAUUGUAUAGUUCCACUUAAGAGUCAAUAAUAAAUGACAGGAAAUGUUCCCCCACCCUA